AUGUUCAGGGCCAAUGGUGGCUGUGGGUACGUCAAGAAACCAGAUUUCUUACUAAAGGCUGAUUCACCUAAUGAAGUCUUUGAUCCUAAAGUUCCAUUACCAGUUAAAACUACUUUGAAGGUGACCGUAUAUAUGGGUGAAGGAUGGUAUUUUGAUUUCUCUCAUACACACUUUGAUGCAUAUUCACCUCCAGAUUUCUAUGCUAGGAUAGGAAUUGCUGGAGUCGAUGCAGAUACUCUAAUGAAGAAAACUAAAACACUCGAGGACAACUGGAUACCAAAUUGGAAUGAGGUGUUUGAGUUUCCAUUAACAGUUCCUGAACUGGCUUUACUUCGGAUUGAAGUUCACGAAUAUGACAUGUCUGAAAAGGAUGAGUUUGGAGGCCAAAUGUGCCUACCUGUGUCAGAGCUAAGAGAAGGUAUCCGAGCAGUUCCACUCUACAGUCGCAAGGGCGAGAAGUACCAGUCUGUAAAGCUUCUUAUGCGCUUUGAGUUUGUUUGA